AUGGGGGCCCAGCAGUCCGCCCCCAGAGGCACCACGACGAAUAACCAGUCACCGAAAAGAACUGAUUAUUACCAGCUAUUGGGUGUAGACCAACAGGUUGCGGAUGACGAAAUAAAGAAGGCGUAUAAGAGGAAGGCUUUAGAACUUCACCCUGACCGAAAUUUCGGUGAUGCCGAGAACGCCACCAGGAGGUUUGCUGAAGUCCAGGUCGCCUACGAAGUUCUCUCUGACCCUCAGGAGCGCGCUUGGUACGAUUCACACCGUGAUGCUAUCCUACAUGGGGAUGAUCCAACCGGCCAUGAAAUCCCUCCCGAAUACAACAACGUCCGACUUGCCACCGCCGAUGAGAUAUUUGACUUGAUUGGUGGUUUUAACAAGGCAAUCCCGUUCGACGACUCCCCGAAUGGCUUUUUUACCAUCCUGCGAGAAACCUUUGAGAGGCUCGCGGAAGGAGAAAAAGUGGCGGCAGAAUGGGAUGGCCAAAACCACCCCCAGUACCCCGCUUUCGGCUCAUCUACCGACGAUGACAGAGUCACCAAGGCAUUCUAUAGCCAAUGGGCCAAUUUCUCCACUAGGCUCAACUUCUCCUGGAAAGACAAAUGGAGGCUUUCCGACGCACAGGAUCGGAGGACACGGCGUGUCAUGGAAAAAGAGAAUAGAAAGCUCCGGGAGGACGCUGUACGCCAAUUCAAUGACGCAGUGCGGUCUCUGGUUACUUUGGCCCGCAAGCGCGAUCCCCGCUACUUGCCCAACAAACAAUCUAAAGCUGAAAGGCAGAGAGUUUUGCGCGAAUCGGCUGCUGCACAAGCUGCUAGGUCAAGAGCCGCGAACCAAAGGAAGAUGAAUGACAUCUCCGCUAUUCCCGAUUGGGUGCUACCCCAGGGUGAUGGCCUGUACCAAGGGGAAUUCUCCGAGACUGACGAAGAACUCGAAAUUGAGCAUAGCGAAUGCGUGGUGUGUAGUAAGAUGUUCAAGAGUGAGAAGCAGUACGAGGCCCACGAGAAGAGCAAGAAGCACAUUAAAGCCGUCCAGCAACUGCAAAGGCAGAUGAGGAAGGAGAACGAGACCUUUGUUCUGGGGGAGCCAAUUUCGCUAGCAGUAGCUGAUAACUGUGUAGAUGUUGAUGCCGCGGAUGCUGUUGGCAGGAGUACACUGGAUAUAGCCCGGGAGGAUGGAAUCGACCAGGCUGGGGCAUUUACCAACAGCGACAGCGAGCCUACAUUAUUAAGGGUUACGACAAACGCCUCGGUCUUGGACGAUGGGCGGGAAGAGGGUGAAAGCGAUGACCAUACCUCAAGGGAUGCAUUAGAAGGACUGCCCCGUUUGCAGGGCGAUGAAGAGAGCCAAAUAGAUAAUCUCGUCAAGAGCGUGGAGGAUAUUUCACCUACGCUUAAUGAACCUUCGAAGAAGGUAGGCAAGGCCAAGGUUAAGAGGGAGAAGCGGGCCGCUCGCCAAGCUGCUUUGGGACUGGAGGCUGGCGUUAGGUGUGCUGCCUGUAACGACACAUUCGAUUCAAGGACGAAACUGUUCAAACAUCUAAACGAAACUGGCCACGCGACAACUAGGUCUAAUAUAUCUAGGCCUAAUAAGAAAUGA